AUGACAAGAGUUACAUUUGGAGUUACUGCCUCACCAUUUCUGUUAGCAGCUACCUUGCAAUAUCAUAUUGCAAAGUACUACUCUAUUGAACCCAAAAUUGUAGACAACCUGCUUCGAUCGUUUUAUGUUGAUGACCUCGCCUCGGGUGAAGAUUCUUAUCAGAAAACAUAUGAACUGUACGAAAGGGCAAAAUCUAUUCUACAAGAAGGGGGAUUUACCUUACGUAAGUGGGCGACAAAUAAUUCAGACUUGCGUAGCAAAAUUAAUCAAGACGUCGGCAAGGAUGAUACAAAUUCGAAUACGAACGAAGAUGAAUCCACCUACGCCAAAGCAACACUCGGUUCAUCAUCCAAGACUGCUGUUAAAGAAACUGAACAAAAGGUGUUAGGGUUGCUGUGGAACCCUGACAUGGAUGUAUUUAUCAUCAGAUUCCAAGAUUUAAUCAAGGCUGCAGAAUCGCUUCCUGCAACCAAGCGAAGUAUUCUGAAGAUUGUUGCGAGUGUGUAUGAUCCAAUGGGAUUUAUAUCGCCGGUCAUACUUCCUAUGAAGAUGCUCUUUCAACAACUGUGUAUUGAAAAGGGCGAUUGGGAUGCUCCAUUGACAUCACAAUGUGAACGAAAGUGGCAGGGCUGGAUAACCGAGUUAAGAAAGAUCCCUGAGAUAAAGAUCAAUAGAUGCUGCAUAGAGAAGAACAUUUGUAAGGUAGAAUUACACGGAUUUUCGGAUGCCAGUAAGGGAGCAUUUGCCGCUGUUACUUACUUAAGAAUCGAAUCUAAAGAAUCAGUAAAGUUAACCUUAAUCGCCGCCAAGACAAGAGUAGCACCGUUGAAACAACAAAGUUUACCGAGAUUAGAGCUUCUUGGAGCAUUAUGUCUUGCAAGACUUGUAUCAGCUGUGCGGAAAGCCAUUGAGCCUGUCAUCCCUAUCAGUGCGAUCUACUAUUGGACUGAUUCAAUUACCACGUUGUAUUGGAUACAGGGAACUAGCAAAGAGUUUAAGCAAUUCGUAGAGAACAGAUUAUCGGAAAUCAGAGAAUUGAGUGGCGUAGAGUGCUGGCGACAUGUACCUGGGAAGUGCAACCCUGCAGAUCUACCAUCUCGAGGUGUUCGGUUGGAAGAUUUAGCUGAUAAUAGUUUAUGGUGGAAUGGUCCAACUUGGCUUCACGAAUCUGAAGAACAUUGGCCUCAAUUCAAGAAUGCAGAGCCUGACGAAGCAGCGGAGAAAGAAAUGAAGUUGAGCGAAAGAUCGUUAGCGACAUCGGACGGUUCUACACACGUGUCAGUAACUCAAGUUCAGAACAGGCGUAUAAAUCUAGAACUAUUAAUCGAUCCAAAAAGAUACAGUUCUUCAUUGAAAUUAUAUCGGGUUACAGCCCUGGUAGUAAGAUUUGUGAAAAUACUCAAACACAAUUGCACGGCGGCAGAUAGUCGACAGCGGAAACGUAUCACAACUGACGAGAUAAAGGAGGCGGAAGUGCUAUGGUUCCAAACCGUUCAGAGAACCAUUAUCGAUGGUAGGAAAUUCUCACAAGUGCAAAGGUCUCUAGGACUUUACAGCGACGAUUCAAAGCUUCUACGUUGUAAAGGAAGAAUAUCUCAAGCGGACAUACCGACCGAAACGAAGAAUCCGAUUAUUCUACCGAACUACCAUCAUUUAACUUCGAUUAUCAUUCGUGAGUGUCAUGAACGAGUGCUUCAUAAUGGGGUGCAAGACACCUUAUGCUGUUUAAGAGAACGAUUCUGGAUUGUCAAAGGUAGACAAACAGUUAAACGUGUGAUUGGGAAGUGCGUAACUUGUCGUAAAUUCGAAGGAAAGGCUUAUACACCGCCAACUCAAGCAGACCUUCCCAAAUUCCGUGUUACUCAAGAUUUUCCAUUUAGUCACGUUGGGGUAGAUUUCGCGGGACCAAUUUACGUAAAAUCGGUUGCUAAAGGGCAAACCGAAAUGACCAAAGCGUAUAUUGCACUUUAUACAUGUGCAAGUACUCGAGCAGUCCAUCUGGAAUUGGUUCCAAACCUGACAGCUGAUGCGUUUAUUCGAUCAUUUAGGAGAUUCAUUAGUCGAAGAGGUAUUCCAAAGUUGAUAUUAUCGGACAAUGCUAAAACAUUUAAAUCCUCAAGCAAUAAAUUGUCAGCAUUACUCGAUUUACCGGAAGUCCAAGAAUUGUUACAGUCCAGACGAGUUGAAUGGAAAUUCAUAGUCGAAAAGGCCCCUUGGUGGGGUGGGUUCUGGGAGCGAAUGGUCAAGUCGUCGAAGCGGUGUUUAAAGAAAACAUUAAAGAAUGCGAGAUUAAGUUACGAUGAACUUAAUACAGUUCUUACGGAAGUAGAAAGUGUACUAAACUCAAGACCUCUGACGUAUGUUGAAUCUGGCGAAAUGGAAGAAGCUUUAACACCUUCUCAUUUAUUAAUGGGAAGACGUUCAAUUUUGAUGUCAAAUUCGAGGUGUGAAAGAGAAACGGUAGACAUGUCUGGAACGGAGUUAACAAAAAGAGCGAAGUAUCUAUGUAGGUUAACUGACAGUUUCUGGAAAAAAUGGCAUAAGGAAUAUCUUCUGAGUCUUAGGGAACAACAUCGUAGCUCGUUGAGCGUGACGAAAGAAACAUAUAUCAACAUUGGUGAUGUAGUUAGUGUGCAUGACGAGAACAGAUCUCGAGCAAAGUGGCGUUUGGCAAGAGUUCAUGAGCUAAUACGUAGUACAGAUGGGAAAAUACGCGCUGCUAUUAUUAGAAUUGCGGGGGACAGCAAGAAAUCAACGUACAUACGGCGCCCCGUUCAGAAACUGUUUCCAUUGGAGCUUAGGAACGAACAUACCCAACAGGAUGAAAAGGAGGAUCGUAGAUCAAGAAGAAAGGCAGCAAUUGUCGGAGAAAUAAAGAGACGUUGUGUUGACAAAUAA